UGCGGAACAUUAUAUUUGCGUGGCAUUGGCCUUUCAACCUAACCGCAGAGUUGGAUGCCCCAGUGAGCAGAUGUCAUGGCCCCAGCUAUGUAAACCACUAAGUCCUCUAAGCCAGUAGUUCUGGUCACCCAUUAAGAUGGUCUGGGGGGCUCAUAGCUCUCUUGAAGCUCAGGACACCUAGCAGCUUGGCUCUCUCAGAAACUUGGGGGUGGGACAGGCAAUAGGUUUCAAGGUUCUCCAGGUGACUCCAAUGUGCUGUCAGGCCAAGCAUCCCCCAUCUGGACAUUGUGGCAGUCCUAUAGCCACAGGCACAGUCCAUCGGGAGCUCCUGGGCCCACUGGGUCAGAAUCUGUAUUUCAACAAGAUGCACAAGGCAUGUUGUGCAUUCAGUUUUGAAAUGCACCUCUAGAUUAUAUGACUGUGAAUUCCUCCAUAGACACAAAAAAGUCCUAAAGAACCCAUGUCCUACCCAACAAUGGAUCUCAGAGGGCAACAUCCUUAUUGCUGAAACUAAGCAUCAAGAGCAAUGGGACGUGAAGGGACCAGGGACCCCUCUGAACCCUCUUGUCUGGAACAGAACAUCUAGCCCCUUUCACACGCUGGCUGUUUUCACAAUGUCAGAUGUAUUCUCUCCAAUGAGUGAUAAAUACUGGAAAUGACAGUCUGGAGCCACUUGCGAUGGCAAUAUCAUAACAUUGGUGACCUGUUCCACAUCUCAGACCAGGAAGUGUCUGAGCAGCAGGCAAGCCUCCGGGUCCAGGCCUGCCCUCGUGCUGACCUGUGCUGUUUAUAUCUUUCCUCCUAAAGCCAGUGAGAGAAUGGGGCAGAGCUGAACAAGUCGCUGUUCAUGGAAGGAAGUAUUCCUCCUUAGUCAUUAUCAGAAAACAAAGUCACAGGCCAAGGGCAUCCCGAGUGGAGGGGGCGGUAAAAAGAGGUGGCACCACCCUGCUUGCGCAGGGGAGAAGGUGAAGGGGCGCCUGAUAGCAGGAGAACCUGCCGAGCUCACGGAGCUGCCUGCCACUGGUGUUUGGAUAGCCGAGGUCUGAUAACACCGCUCUGUGCUUUCUCUGGAACCUGUCUCCAGGGUGCCUUUGACCUCUGAAGGAGACUAUAAAACCCAGACGAGGACUUUCCCCUCUCAGUCUCGGUGUGGGGAGCACCCCUAUUCUACAGGAGGGGGACCUCCAGAAGCUCCAGACGCAGGGCAAUGGCAGCACUGCAGGAGAAAAAGUCAUGCAGCCAGCGGAUGGAGGAAUUCCAACGCUACUGCUGGAACCCAGACACGGGGCAGCUGUUGGGCCGGACCCUGUCCCGGUGGGUGUGGAUCAGCCUCUACUACGUGGCCUUCUACGUGGUGAUGACUGGACUCUUCGCCCUGUGCAUAUACUCGCUGAUGUGCACACUUGACCCAUACACACCUGACUACCAAGACCAGCUAAAGUCACCAGGGGUGACCUUGAGGCCAGAUGUCUAUGGGGAAAAAGGCCUGGACAUUUCCUACAAUAUCUCUGAUAACAAGACCUGGACGGACCUAGUGCACACCCUCCACGACUUCCUGGCAGGCUACUCACCAGAGGCCCAAGAGCACAACAUAAACUGCACUUCUGAGAAGGUCUUCAUCCAGGAAAGCUUCAGCGCCCCUAACCACACCAAAUUCUCCUGCAAGUUCACCACAGACAUGCUGCAAAACUGCUCAGGCCUCGUGGAUCCCAAUUUCGGCUUUGCAGAAGGAAAGCCAUGUUUUAUUAUUAAAAUGAACAGGAUCGUCAGGUUUCUCCCCAGCAACAAAACGGCCCCCAGGGUGGACUGCGCCUUCCUGGACCAGCAUGACAAGAACAUCCAGCCCCUGCAGGUGGAGUACUACCCGCCCAACGGCACCUUCAGUCUACACUAUUUCCCUUACUACGGGAAGAAAGCACAGCCCCACUACAGCAACCCUUUAGUCGCAGCAAAGCUUCUCAACAUCCCCGGGAACACGGAAGUUGUCAUCGUGUGCAAGAUCCUGGCCGAGCACGUGACCUAUGACAACCCCCAUGACCCCUAUGAAGGGAAAGUGGAGUUCAAGCUUAAAAUUGAGAAGUGAAGGAGCAAGGACGCCAGCCUUAACCUGCAGGGUCACUUGCAGACCUCCACCCUCCUGACUGCCUGCUGGCUCUGCACCCAGCCAGCGCUCACACGUUCUAAAAUGCCACCACUGAAGCCAGCCGGGUAACUCCAGACAGGCACCUGCGCAUCAAGCACUUAGCGUUAGAAUCAACUGUUUCUUAUUAAAUCUUCGUUAUAUUUUUAGAUAGAAUGUAUAGCUAUAAUAAAAAUGUUAGGUUAACAUGACAACCCUAAGGCAGCAACUAUUCAACUAACAAGACCCUAAAAUGAUUAAUCUCUUUCUAUAUAGACAUCACUUUCCUUACUAUAACUUAUUUUUUCUAUACUUCAAUGAACUAUUACCCAUGUUAAUAUGAAGACUAUAAAUGCAUUAAUAUGAAACAUUACAUGAUAAUGUGCACUCUGAAUGCUUGUUUUAAAGAAUGCGAUUCCUAAAUUGUAAAAAAUAAAUAUAUUAAAGUUACACUUACUCUACGUAGAACAGCCACGUCUUUCCUCAUAAGGGGAAAAAUUAACUAAAAAAUCAAAUGCCUCUUUCUUUAAAAAUCUCCUUUUUAAAGUUUCAAUUGCAAGUCAGGGAAAUUACAAAACACUGUUGGAGGACACGACGGUGUCAUCCUUGUGACAGAAUCUACAAACCAGAGGUAAUUACAAACAGCAGUAACCUUCCUUUCACCAAGCACGCAUCCCUCCAUCAACGUCCAGGAACGCAUGUGAAGUCUGCAACUCUAUGCCUUUCAAAGAAACUGAAAUGAGAACAUUCUGUCUGAACAAACAAACCUGCUCUCACCGAGUGUCACCCACUUUUCACCCAAACCACAGCUCACGGCCUGGUGCCCCCUUCUCACAUGAGCAGCAGGCACGUCACCGCCAACAGGGCAACAGAGAACACUCCACACAGCUACUGGGUAGAAAAAUCUGUCAACCCGAAAACCAGAGAAACCCGAUUAUAAACACAGUUGUCUGAGAAGAGAAUCAAAACCCUGUAUACAUUCUGUACGGUUAACCGAAUCAUGUAUUUGUUGGGCAUCUGUACUACAUAAGAUAAUGUAGCAAAUGUUCUUCAUUUCUGAUACCAUCAGUGAAAACUUAUUGAGCCACCUCAGAAAUGUCAUGUCAUAGGUCAGAGGUCAGGUCACCUCAGAUAUGUCACAAUAACAGUGGAGGUCAGAAGUCAGAUCUCCUUUUUCACCUUAUGAUCUUCUUUUUCUGAAAAUCAAACCCAUAAUCUGUCUCAACUUUUAGGAUUCAGGAGAAAGUCAAGGAACAAACUCUCUCCCCACCACUGGCCACUGGAGAGGGGGCGUCACUUUGGCCUGUGCCCACUGUGACCUCUUUCUUGGGUCCCCACCAUCCCUUGAGCAGCUGCAGGACAAGCUGAGGAGCAAGCAAUAGUGGGGUCCCAGCCCACCAUUGG